UGCAGUCAUGAGGCCGGGCUGAUCUGAGUCACACGCCACAGAGAGUCGCACAGGAACAAGUCGAGCACAUUGAGACUCCAAAACCAAACACAGCGAAGUCUGUAUGAACAGAAACACGUUACUACUUUCAAUGAAUGUUAUCUGCGUGUUUGUUCUCGCGGAAGGAGGAUUACACCGAGAGAGACAGGGGAGUGCGGCCAUGACCGCUUCACGGGGAGCGCAGAUAUUAAGCUGCUGACAGGAUCAGAUGUUGAGGAUCGGUGUCAUGGGGGAACACCCUUCAUCUCCAGACACUGCGCCGCUGCCAAGCUGGAGACUCGCCUCAUUCUUUCAUAAAGCACCUAGUCAUCUCUGAGAUGAUGGAGGACCAGAAUGGGGUUUGCCAGGUGAUGGAGGAAGACGAGGACGACGUUCAGGUCCAACAAACCAAAGCCGAGUCCCAGAUUAGCAACAACAGAACUACUUGGUUAAAUGGUCAGUGCGUUGCAGCGAUACGCAGCAGUUCAGCACUGAACCCCAGGUUUGAUCUGUCUGUGUGCCGGGCCAAGCUGGAGACGGAGGGUUUCCAGAUUCCAGACGGUGACAUGGAAGUCCCACUGAAAACUGCUCUGGAUGUCCCCUCAGUCAGGAGAUACAUCGUUUUCAACUCUGGCCUUUUCCAUUUUAUAAUGGCGCCGGUGCUGUAUAUAGUGGUUUGGUGUGCCGCCUUCUCCACCCUCCAUCUCUACAUCACCGUCAGUGACUACUGGGUCCUCUGUCUCUCCGUCAGCCUCGUCUCCAUCUUCCUCACCACCGCCAUCAUCUUCGUGCUUCAUUACAGCAACAAGGAGAUCAACGUGAAUAUAGACAUCCGCUUGGUCCAGGUGAACGAGAGGAUGGUGAAACACAAGCUGCUGGUGGGUUUGGCUGACUGGGUUCAGAACUGCACUGGAAACAUGCAGUUGUACUUCGUGUACUGGGACAUGUCCGACUGCUUGAGGACCCUGACUGAAACCUUAGAGGAAAGCAGCUUCGUGACAGCUGACGCACAGAAGAAACUGAAGAGCAGGUUGUCUCAUCUGAUUCUGGUGAGCGAGAUCCUCCCCGUGGAAGCAGCGUCUGGUGGCUCGAAGGUCCAUGAAGACUCAAGUGAACACAGGCCUCUUCUUCAAAACGAGAAUGGCGACUGCAGUACCUCACCCCGCCAGCAGAGGGAGACAAACGUCACCUCCAGCUACAGUCUGGUCCCUGACGCUUCCUUACCUGCUCAGGCGAAAGCGCACCAGCUUCUGAUGAUCUACAGUGCAGCGUAUGUAAAGCUGCUGGUGUCUGAAAAGCUUUCUGGACCGUCACAUCAUCGUAUGCGGCCUCGGAGGAAUCACUGCACCACCGCUCCCAUCUGUCUCUGCCAGUACAUCAGAAAAAAGAUCCUUCAGUAACACGAGGAGCCCAACACACAAACAUGUGUGACUAUACAUAUGUGGGAGCAUUUUUUUUUCUCUUUUCCUUUUGGACUGAUACAAAUAAAAGCCCAAAGAUCAUACAUUUCAAAAUUCCUGGCACUAAACAACCUCUAAUGGACUAAGAACUGUUGGUGGCACAACCAGUACUCGAGUUGUAAAAAAAAGAUCAGGGGGGAUGGUGGAUUUUAUCAUAUGGGGACAGAUAAUUUGUGCUGAUUACAAAUAAUAUAAUAUAUUACAAAUAAUAGCAGUGACCAAAACACCUGCAGAAAUACUGCAGGAAUGACAUAGCAGCAGUUAAAUGCAGCCUUCUGUAAGCUUUAAAUAUCCACUGGACUUACAUCAAAUACAUCAAAACACAACAAUAAAAAACACUUUUCUGAACUUAUUAAUAUGACUCUGUCCUUCACAGGAUAAGUAACAUGGAUCACUGCAAAAACUCACAAUCUUAACAAGAAUAUUUGUCUUAUUUCUAGUUAAAAUGUCUCAUUUUAGUAAAAAAAAUCUCAUUACACUUAAAACAAGACUCA